AUGGCUGCACCUCUGCGUCAAGAAAAGGGCUUUUUAGCGCCUCAAAGCCUAAACUUGAAUUACCCGGCUCCCUUAAAAAAAUUUAGUGAACAACUUGGUGGACAUGGUGAAAUAUUAUCCAUGAACGAGGAUUCUAUGAUCAUAAAGCCUUGUAACGAACUUGAAAGAGAAUUCUAUGAAAACAGUGUACUAUAUCCAGGAUUUGCUAGAUGGAUGCCGAAAUACUACGGAACUUUGCGGUUACAUGACUCUCAACCAUCUUUGCUAGAUCAGCAAGAAAAUGUCUUAACCAAAUUUAAAAAACCAUGUGUAAUGGAUGUGAAAUUGGGUACACAACUCUGGGGUAAGGAUGCUGAUGAAAGAAAACGUCAGAAAUCGAUACAAAAGGCAGAAAGUACAACAUCAUCUUCUAUGGGAAUUCGUAUAACAGCAUCCCGGGUUUAUGGAAAAUCAUCAGAUAAUUAUACCUAUUACUCUAGAGAAUUUUGUAGGAGACUUACUCCUGAUACUAUAAUGACAUGUUUUGCGGAUUUUUUUAUGGCAGAGAUAUCACUGAGUCAACGCCGGCUUGUAAUUGAUCGGUUUAUCGAAGAUCUAACUUUAUUUUCAGAAGACUUGGAAAAUCAUGACGUUAGAUUACACUUUGCACAUUCACACUUUGAAGAUGGCAUUGGCAAAGAUGAAGGUUGUUUGCUAGGUUUGAGAAAUGCAAUACGAUGUUUAAAACAAGUUUUAAAUGAGAUGACUAAUUAA